CGCGCGCCCAGUUACUUUGACAUGUUCUCUUAACAAACACACAAACCCAGACAAACAUCUAAUCACCUAAUCAUUUAUGAGAGUGUGGAGAAUGGCCAUGUGUACGCAGCAGAAGGUUGAAGACGUCUAUGAAAUUGGAGAGGAGCUUGGAAGCGGGCAGUUUGCCAUCGUUAAGCGGUGUUGGGAGAGGAGCUCCGGCCACCAGUUUGCUGCCAAGUUCAUAAAGAAGCGUCAGAGCGAGGCUAGCCAGCGCGGCGUGCUUAGAGACGACAUUGAGAGGGAGGUCAGCAUCCUGCAGAAAAUACAACACCACAACAUCGUCACCCUGCACGACGUCUACGAGAACAAGACUGACGUGGUGUUGAUCCUGGAACUUGUGUCUGGAGGAGAGCUCUUUGACUUCCUGGCUCAGAAGGAGUCACUGAGUGAAGAUGAGGCUACUCAGUUCAUCAAGCAAAUACUGGAGGGUGUUCACUACCUACACACAAGAAACAUCGCUCACUUUGAUCUUAAGCCUGAAAACAUCAUGCUUCUUGAUAAGAAUGUUCCUCUGCCUCGGAUCAAACUCAUCGAUUUUGGCUUAGCUCAUAAAAUUGAGGAAGGAGCUGAAUUUAAAAACAUCUUUGGAACUCCAGAAUUUGUGGCUCCUGAGAUUGUGAACUAUGAGCCUUUGGGCCUGCAGGCCGAUAUGUGGAGUAUAGGAGUGAUCACUUAUAUACUGUUGAGUGGGGCAUCUCCAUUCUUGGGUGAGACAAAGCAGGAUACAUUAGGAAAUAUUUCAGCUAUGAACUACGAGUUUGAUGACGAGUUUUUCGGCCACACCAGUGAACUCGCAAAGAGCUUUAUCAGACAGCUGUUACAGAAAGACACCAAAAAGAGACUCUCAAUUCAGGAUGCAUUAAACCAUCCCUGGAUCAAGUCUAGUGAGCACAGGGAGGAGCCCAGCAAAGCCCUGGAGAGGAAGUGUGAGCAUCGACAGCUGAAGACCAAGCGGCUGAAGGAGUACACCAUCAAAUCCCACUCCAGCAUGCCACCCAACAACACCUACAUCAACUUUGAACGCUUCGCCCAGGUGGUGGAGGACAUCACAGGCAUGGAGGACACCUUCAGCCAGCUGGCCUCAGCCCAGGCUGUCCUGCAAGAGGACAUCGAUGCACUUGCUUCCAUCUACAGCCAGAAGGAGCUGUGGUACAGAGAGGAGAGUGAGAGCAUCCAUCACGAUCUCUCACAGCUCCACUACGAGUUCCGCAAGGUGGAGACGCAGAGGCGAGGCGUGCAGGAGGACGUGAGGGCAGUGGAGGUGGCCGUUGGCCGUGUUAGUGAGCGCUACAGGGAGAGGCAGGCCCACUUUGAGGCACUGCAGGAGGAGCUGGGGGCAGAGCUGCACUGGGUGCAGGAGGUGGUCGGAUCAAACCAAGUGGUUGGCAGCAGUGGGGGGGGAUUCCCCAGCUGUAGCUUCAGCAGUGUGUUUAACUCAGAUUUGAAUGAAGCAAUUAAGGAGCUACUGAACAGGUCCUGUGGGGGAGAUCUGCUGACAGGCCUCAACCUAGACCAGCAGAGAUGAUACACACACACA